AUGGAGUGCCGCUCACUCCUCCUCGGCGCCGCCGCCGGCGCUGCCGCCUUUGCGAUCCUCGAUCGGCUUCGGCGGCGACGCUUGCGGGGAGGCACGUACCACGCUGGCAUGAUUCGCGCCCGGCCCGAGCUGAUCGAGCAGUACCAGCAGCUGCACGACAAAACGUGGGAGGAGGUGAUGGCGAGAAUGUAUGCGAGCAACAUGCGCGACUUCGUCGUGUGGUUUCAUCCCACCACGAACAUGAUGUUCCAUCAGUUCAUCUACGUCGGCACAGACUUUGACGCCGACAUGGCGCGCGUCGCCGCCGACCCGGUCGUCCGCUUCUGGUGGACGUAUUGCGAGCCGUGCCAGGAGCCGCUGCACUGGAGCGGUCCGCCGCCGUCGCAGGGCGGCGCUGGCGACCCAGCGCACCCGGGCGAGUGGUGGUCGCCGCUCGUGCAGGUCAAUCACUGCGGGGGCUGGGCGGUCGACUUUUCCCCGCGCCUGGGUCCGAACCCGUCCUACACGCCAAACCACCCGGCCGGCAAGACGUCCACCAAGGACGCGCCGCCUCUUGUGCACAACCGGACGGGCCCGGCGGCGGGGUGGACGAGCUCCAAACAGCCGCCCUUUGUCGCGAGCUGA